AUGAACAAAACUCACCCCCAGAGAAAUGGUGAUAUAGCUACUUUUGAGUCAACAAAGUCCUUCUCUGAAGAAAGAGACAGCUGCCAGCCGCGCGGUGCCCGCCUGGGGAGGCGAGUCUGGAUCCCUGCCCUGGCACUGCUCGUCCUCGCUGCCGCCGUGGGCUUGGCACUGGGGCUCCUGCCACGAGCACCAGUGAACCGCUUCUGUGCAGCCACCAAUAACAAAACAGGCUUCUUAUGUGAUGACAGAGUGACCUGCAUCCUGGCCAGACAGGUCUGUGACAAAGUCAGCCACUGCAGGAACGGAGAGGAUGAGGAGGAGAAACUCUGUGGUGACGUGCCACGCAGCCUUCCAGGGCACCUGGUUUUCCAGUGCAGUAGCCCCUUGUCCUGGGUCUACGCUGACCAGAGGUGCGACGGGCUGAACGACUGCGGAGACUGCUCGGACGAGGUGGGCGCCCUAGCUACCUGCNNCCCGUGCGGGUGGGAGUGGUGGAGCUGCAGCCCUGUGCUCUACGAGUACUGCUCCUGCGUGCCGCGGCGGCUGUGCCGGGACGGUGUCCAGCACUGCCUCGCCUGGUCGGAUGAGUUGCUCUGCACACCGUGA